AUGAAGAUCUUACUGGAAUUUCGAGUGUUGCGGUCCCACUGGAGCAUCCAGACACUCUGCAGAAUAUUCCACCACAGUCACAAGACUUUUGCAACUUGGAAUUUCUCAGAUUAUGAAGCUGUUGGCCGUUGUGAACAGGAAGUACCUGAGUACUUUAAUUUUGCCAGCGAUGUGUUGGACAAGUGGUCUCAAAUAGAAAAGGAACGAAAGGGACCAUCAAAUCCAGCUCUGUGGUGGAUAAAUGGAAAAGGAGAUGAAAUUAAAUGGAGCUUUGAAGAGCUGGGCUUCCUGUCAAAAAAACUGGCCAAUGUGCUCUCAGGGCCAUGCAGUCUGCAAAGAGGAGACCGAGUUUUGGCGAUUCUACCCCGGAUUCCAGAGUGGUGGCUGCUGAAUGUGGCUUGCAUGAGAACAGGUGUUACCAUCAUCCCAGGGACAACACAACUGACAGCACAAGACAUUGGCUAUAGAUUGCUGGCCUCCAAAGCUAAGUGCAUUAUUACAACUGAUGAGCUUGCUCCUGCAGUGGACUCCGUUGUGUCCAAGUGUCAGUCUCUGAAAACAAAGCUAAUUGUAUCUGAAAGCAGCAGGGCAGAAUGGCUGAACUUCAGUGACUUGCUCAAGGCUGCCCCUUCUGUCCAUAACUGUGUGAAGACAAAAACCCAGGAUCCAAUGGCUAUCUAUUUCACCAGUGGUGCCACAGGCUCUCCCAAAAUGGUUGAACAUUCCUAUGGAAGCCUUGGUCUGGGUUCUUUUCUCUGUGGAAGAUACUGGAUGAAUUUGACUCCCUCAGACAUCAUGUGGAAUACAUCAGACACUGCCUGGAUAAAGGCAGCCUUUGGGAGUGUUUUUGGGCCAUGGUUCCAGGGCACAUGUGUUUUUGUACAUGCCAUGCCACACUUUGAUUCGAGAGCAACGUUAGAGACCUUGUGCAGGUAUCCAGUGACCACUCUGUGCAGUUCUCCAACUGCCUACCGCAUGCUGGUACAGCAGGACCUCACCAGGUAUGCAUUCAAGGCACUGAAGCACUGUCUGAGUGGAGGGGAACCACUCAACCCAGAAGUGAUGGCACAGUGGAAAAGCCAGACAGGACUCACCAUCUAUGAAGGCUACGGCCAAACCGAAAUUGGAAUGAUAUGUGCAAAUAUGAAAGGAAUGAAAAUUAAGCCAGGUUCCUUGGGAAAGGCAGUUCCCCCCCUCAAUGUUCAGAUUAUAGACGAAAAUGGUAGUGCUCUGCCUGCUGGGAAAGAAGGAGACAUUGCUAUCAAAGUGGAUGCCAAGCAGCCAUUUACUUUUUUCACUCAAUACCUGGAUGACCCAGUGAAAACUGCUGCCACGAUCCGUGGGAACUUCUACAUCACCGGAGACAGAGGGAGCAUGGAUGAGGAUGGAUACAUAUGGUUUAUGGGGAGAUGUGAUGAUGUCAUCAUCUCCUCUGGCUAUCGCAUUGGGCCGUUCGAAAUAGAGAGUGCCCUGAUCAAGCACCCGGCUGUCCUUGAGUCAGCUGCUGUCAGCAGCCCAGACCCCAUCAGAGGGGAGGUGGUAAAAGCUUUUGUGGUCUUGUCUCCUUCCUUUAAGUCACAAGAUCCAAAGAAACUGGCCUGUGAAUUACAAGAUCAUGUCAAGAAGGUCACUGCUCCAUACAAGUACCCCAGAAAGAUUGAAUUUGUCCAGCAGCUGCCAAAGAAUAUUGCGGGGAAAAUCAAACGGAAUGAACUGAGGAACAAGGAGUGGGGACACGUUUAG